AUGGCGUCGGGCGAGGGCGAGCCCCGCUACGCGCAUCUCCUCCAGCCGUGCAGGGAUUUGGGAGAGAACUGGUCUGUGGAUGUCGCCCAGGAGCUGGAGGAGUAUCUCUCCCAGCUCCAUCUCACACCGCCGUUUCAAGAUGGGCAGAGCUGCUUGAAUUUCGCAGAAGCGGCGCUGCUCAUCCAGGGAUCGACUCAGGUGUAUAGCAAGAAGGUCGAGUACCUGUACGCGCUUGUUCUCCAGGCCUUGAGCUUCAUCAGCCAAAAGAAGUGCGCUUUGCCCGAGAAUGGGAGUGCCAAGGAGGCCGAGGUUGUCGAGGAAGAGAAAGAGGAAGAGUUUCUUAACUUGGAUGAUGUGCCUGAGGAAACAAACAUCGAUCUCAACGAUGGCGAGAGUAUCGGCAUCACGCCUUCUCUAAACAGGCCUCCUACAAGUCUUCUCGUUGUCGAAGGGGAUGCUUUCGAGACGAUGAAAAACGGUGGUGAAUUGUCAACUUACCAGAUUGCAACGAGCUUUCUUUAUAGAGAUUUCCUGCUUCUAGACCCCUGCGAUGCCGAGGCCGUUGAUAACUACUUAUAUGUUCCUAGAGCUGAGAGAGCGACUCCUCGUCCUCCAAGCUCAUCACGAUCGAGAAGCCACAGAGCAUCAAGUCCGGGUCGUAGAGCCAGCUCUGGCAAAAAAACUCGGCCAUCUUAUGCGGGAGAUGAUUUUUGUGAAGGUCCAGAAGACGACUUUGAGCCGUGUUCUGCGAGAAACAUUAACUUCGAUGCACCCCUUGAAGGUGCUAACAACAUCCCACACGCGGACGAGCAACAACAGCAAGAUGAUGAGGACGAUCCCUGGGCACGGCUCAAUCCUCACGAACCGGGAACGCUUCUAGUAAAGCCGUAUAAGAGAGGUCUUCUGUCUAGGAAAAAGCCUACUAAAGCCCCCGUGGUUGAUGUGGAGUUUCCAAUGGCUACGAGAAACGGGACUACAUUUUGCGAGUUCUUGGAGGCGCUACAGGAUAAGGAAGCUGCUGACCGACUUAAAAGGACGACAAAGACCAACUCUCGAACCGCCGAGAAGGCGAAGCCGGACUUUCAAACAGCUGCAGAACCUCCGGAAUCUGAUGAUGAACCUGACAACGUUGACAACUUCGAACCAUGGGAUAACACUGUUCCAGAAGCUGGCGGAGAAACAGAACCUUUGAAUGCUCCAGAGCCGUCUGAGCAGCAGGGGGAAACAUCUUUUGAAAAGCUGUGUCAUGCGACAAGGGAUUCUGUGAUGCAAACAUUGGUAGAAGCUGAGCUCCGAGCUGAACUAGCUUCUCGCGUUUCGAACUGGAAGGUGAAGGUAGAAGCGUCAUUGGCUGAGCAGGAUGCACGUCCUGCAUUUGAUAUACAUGUUUAUGGGGAGCGUAUCAUUGAGAGGUGCUUACACGAAGCACCGGAGCAAUCUGAUGGGGUCAGCUCCUUUACUCAGAUAGUGAAGGGGCAAGACAGCCACGACGUAGCAAGAUCUUUCGCUGCUUUACUGCAACUGGUAAACAAUGGAAAUGUGCUAAUUGAACGGGAUGCACCAAGCUGUACAACGGGGUGCUUCACGGCGGAGACUCCCUUCAAAGUGAAACUUCUGAGCUCUCAGAAAGUACACGAGGAUAUGUUACACUACCAAGCGCCAUCUCACGCUGCCAGAACAAAGGAGGCCCACACGCCGCCAAGAGUUAAGAGGCAGGCAACGCGUUUGGAUGUUUUGAGCCCUCCUGUCCAGUCCCAGCCCGGUGAGGCAUUUACAGGUGUUGAAAACGCGACUCCGAAGCUUACACCCGUCAGCAAAAGAAGGUGCAAGCGCCGGCCACUCCAGGCGAUCAAGAAUGCGAACAGAUAGUGUGUUUGAUACUGCUAGAUACGGAACAGCAUCUUUAAGGUCAA